AUGUUUUCAUCAACUCCAAACUACACUAAACUAAAAACUCACUUGAGACUUGCUGUAAAUCGUCUCAAACUCAUUGAGAAAAAGAAAACUGAAUUAGCUCAAAAAUCCCGUAAGGAAAUUGCUGAAUAUAUAGCUGCUGGUAAAAGUGAAAGGGCGAAAAUUCGUGUGGAGCAUAUUAUUAGGGAGGAUUAUAUGGUGGAAGCAAUGGAGAUUGUGGAAAUGUACUGUGAUCUAGUAUUAGCAAGAUUCGGGCUUGUUACCACAAUGAAAGAAUUGGAUGAAGGCUUAGCUGAAGCUAUAUCAAGUCUUAUUUGGGUGGCUCCACGAAUGCACACUGAUAUACAGGAACUGAAAGUGAUUUCAGAUUUGCUCACAGCAAAAUAUGGCAAAGUUUAUGCUGAUGCAUGCAGAACUGAGAGUGUAAAUACUAUCAGUGAGAAAUUGAAACACAAGAUGUCAGUCCAAAGUCCACCUAAAAUACUUGUUGAAAGGUAUCUUAUAGAAAUUGCAAAAAAUUACAAUGUUGAAUAUACACCCGAUGAACAUGUCAUGAAAGAAGAAGAGGGUCGAGAUGCAUUGCUCAUUGAUAUCAAUGGGCCUCCUGGGCCUCCGGGCUUCAUAGGCUUUCCACCGCAACCAUCCAUGCCACAGAUGCCUAACUUACCACAAUCAAACAUGCAACCCUUCAGUUAUCCUUCUCAACCUUCUGGUGGUAAAACAGGUGGAUUUAUAGCUACAUCUCCCCAAAGUUAUGGAGGUGGCCCAAGUAAUGCACCAAUGAACUAUAACUAUAAUAUUCCCCCUGGUCAGGACUCGCAAAAUUUGAGCAACAGUUUUCUUCAGGAAGAAAUGAAUAACCUCCCACCUGCUUAUGACAGCAUUGCCCACGAUAUGCCGGCACACGUUCCGACACCGCAGCCGCGUUCGAAAAUGCCUACUCAUAACUUAUUCCCAGAGUUGCCUGAGUUGCCAUCCGUCCCUUCGGACUUACCAUUGCCUUCCGUACCACACAGCAACAACUCGAACACGUCUAAUAACACUCAAGACUCCGGUGGACCCGACGAAAUCGACUUCGAAGACCUUAAUCGACGUUUCGAAGAAUUGAAAAAGAAAAAAUAA